GAAGUGACGCGGGUAGGGUUUUCUAACGGGGUAGGGAAAUUUGAUAGAACACCACUAUACAGAAACAAGAUAUGCUAGUUGUGUUCCUCGAAAGCCACAUGCAACUCUCUCAGAGAUCACUGGCAGCUGAAGGUAAGUUGCAUUAUGCAGCAGAAUAAAGGGCAAUAAAGUAGUGAUUGGGAACGUUCUGAGCUAGGUUGACAGGCGGGAAGGGGAUACAUGCUGCACACUCCAUUUUCAGGUUGCGCAGUGCCCCCCCGUAUUCUAUGUUUAUGGUUCCCCCCCAUAUUGAGUGGGACCAAGACAAGAGGGUAUCCGCUCUGCUUUGUAACUCAACUUGGCUCGUUCAGCCUGCAUUGUAAGCGGAUGGAGCAGGAAGGUACCACCAUAAUUCACCCUCUCUCCACUCUCAGUGAAUUUAACUGUUAAAAUGUUUGUUCUUUCAUGAACUUAUUCAUUCUUUAGGGGAAUUUGGGAGAUUUUAGUGUGCAGGUUUAGUUUUAAAAGGGCUCUCCAAGAACCAUGGCCAUUACAGCUGAUUGUAAUGUCAUGGUGCAAGCAAAAAAAAAAAAAAAUUACAAUUCUACAUUAUCAGUGUAGCCAAGAAAGGGGGAGGGGGGCUUUCUAACGGGCUAGAAGCUCAGUUUACAAUACUCUGUUAUAAAAUGGCAGGACAUUAAACUGUAGAACAGUGCUAGCCAGCCCCAGGCAACCUAAGCACAUGGCUAUUCACUAAACCAAGAAUCCAGUGUAUUUCAAAUUUAAGUUAGAAUAACUAUAUAGUCCACUAUGUUUGCAGUUCAGCUCCUGAAUGGGUUAAAAUUGUAUUUUGCUAAGCAUACAUAUUUUGCUACAUGUGGUUAGGGACUUUUUGAUAACCAGUUUGAACCAUAUCCUUGCAGGUGCAGAAAACAACUCUAAAUAUAUAUACAAGAUACUUUAUAUGUAUUACUUCUUCCUUUAUACGGUGAUGGUUUGCUUUAAUCAGGUAUUAUAUAAAUCUGCACAUUCUAUCUUGUCAUUCUAUCUAUAUAAGAUGUGCAUUUGGUGAAGCUCUAUUUGAUGUCCGUUUCCGUAAUAAAUUCUGUAUUUUUACACAUUGAUUAAAAUAUUUCUUCUUGGGUAAACGUUUCUCCAUGUUAAAGGGACUCUCCAAUGCCAGGAAAACGAAUCUUUUCCUGGCACUGCAGAAUCCUGCAGUGCCCACCCCCCAUUCCAUGUUGCUGAAGGGGUUACCUGAAUCCAGCGCCGAUAUCCCUCCGCGUCGGGUCAGGCUCCGCCUAUGCUCCUUCCCUGCAGACGUCAGCCAGCGGGGGAGACCGCAUUCGCGGCAAUAGCCUCGUGCGCGCAUUAGACCUCCCCAAUAGUGAUGUCCCGAACGGUUCGCCGCGGACUCCAGUCAGCAUACACAUUCCAGCCAAUCAGCAGCAGACCCUCCCACCUCCUGGGCAGCAUCCAUUUUGAAGCUGCAUUCUUAGUGAGCUGUCUGGGAGGGAGGGUCUGCUGACUGGAGUCCGUGGCGAACUGUUCGGCGGACCGUUCGGGACAUCACUACUCCCCAUAGGAAAGCAUUAUUUAAUGCUUUCCUAUGGGGAUUCCAGCGACGCUGGAGAUCCUCAUGCAUAGCGUGAGGACGUCCAGCGUCAUUUCAAGCACUUUUCCUGUUUUAAGAACCCGGUAGUCCCUCUAGUGUCUGUCUGAUCGACAGCCACUAGAGGAGGACUUAACCCUGCAAGGUAAUUAUUGCAGUUUAUAAAAGCUGCAAUAAUUACGCUUGCAGGGUUAUGGGUGAUGGGAGUUGGCAAUCAGACCAUUCCAAUGGGCAGAAGUAGUCUGGGUGCCUGGAGUGUUCCUUUAAUAUACGUCUAUAUAUUAACCAAUAAUACUAAUAUGCAAUCUUAAGGUUUCUACAGGUUUCUUCUUACAAUUACUGAUAUAAAACAACACAGGAUGUUACAGGAUAAUGGAUGUUCAACAGCAGAUGGUAAUUGCUGGACUCCUGAAGGGAGAGUUAGUCUCUAUAUAUAAAUAAAAUAUACCCUUCUCUCCUAAUAGAUCAAUUAGGAGAGAAGGGUAUAUUUUAUUUAUGUACAUGUUUUAUACUACAUAGGUUGUUAGGUUUCCUAUUUUGCUUACCUUUACCCUACUCUCCUUUCUUUCUAUUUUAUCAGCGCUCCACUUAUACAUAAUUUUUAGUCUCUAUAUAGUUAGACAUUCUGACAAGUAGAAGAACCUUGCUCCUUUGUUCACUAUUCUAUAUAGAUAUGACUGUAAUAAAUUCAGAGUAUAACCCUAUCCAUAUAAGGGCAAGAUCCCCAAUCUACAAUCCAGACUUCUCAGGCAAAGCCUUGUGACUUGAUACCAUCUGUUACUUAUGUCAAUCUAUACAUAAUCAAUAGAAACAUAGAAUAUGCAAUAUUCUACAUUCCCUCUGUUUAUGGUUUGUCUUAAAACCAUAACACAAUGUCACUAACCUGUCCAUCCAUGCAUCACUUGUAUCACAUUCAUAUCACAGUCAUUGAGCAUAAGACAAGAUUUAAUCACAACUUUCUCUUAUAUGAGCGUUCUUAGAAGGUCGAGUUUCUACCCCUCCUAUUGCUUACUUUACUUCAAACUCCCUCUGUUUCAGCUAUGUAUUGAUAUCCAUUUUACAUCAUAACUACUUGAAAUAAUGUGUACAUAUAAAAUAAUAAAUGGAUAAAAUUUAGAAAGUUUUCACCCAAUAGACUUUGCAAAGCAAUGAGAAAGAUCUACGUGCUCUGGUACAGUCACAUCUUUCUAGACAACAAAAUCAAUAUCUUGCAACUUUCUAAAUAAUAACUGUGUAUCACUAUCAUAAUCCUAAUUCAGAUUUGUAUAACAAAGUAUUUUUCAUUCUCAAGAAUCUCUAUUACUUAAGUACUAAUACAUAUAUUACUUUUAUAUCCCAUCCACUUAUAUUUCCACGAAUCAUGUUUUCUAUUGAACUUAGUCUUUAGGUCAUAUGUAUUCAUGAAUUACAUUCCUAUACCAUUAAUACCACCUAGUUACGAUUGCAUUAGUACUUUAUAAUCAUAGUAUUCAAUUUGUAUAUUCACUAGACUCUACCUGAAAUAUUCUACUUUCACUUAUAAGACUCACAAUAUUAUUUUAAACAUUCAAAGGUUAUCAUCAUCCAUAAAGUUCUACAAUAAUUCUUCAAAUAAUGUUCCUGUUGUUGACAAUACUUAUUGUUCUAGAAAUUCUCCACCCUGCAAGCCUGCGUGAUGUACAAAUGGACGGCACCGUAGUGCACUGAGUGUAUGAGAGAGCUGCUAAUAAUGUGACCGAAUUCCGUGUCAGCGUCCGGCUAAUAGCCUGAUCGGGUUGCACCCGUUAAUAACCAAACAGUUGAGUCUACAUCCGUGUCCGGUUUCCUUUACGAGAAUGUGUCACUCAAAACUUGUCCUCCCUAUCCAGCUCAGCAUUGGGCUGAGGUUGAGGGAGGGCCGCGCCCUCUAAUAACAAAUCAGUGUCCGGGUCCUUUAUAUGAGGGUACGCUCUCUGUUCGUGAGAAUAAAAUAUAAUUCUCGGAUCAAGGUGAUGGAGGGUCAUACCCUCUAGUAAUCCAAACUAGGAGUCCCUUAGAUACCCAGGGUAACCAACUGCAGGGGUACACCGUUUACUAAUAUCAGCAUAAGCCUGAGAUCCUGCGGUGGGUCUCUCUCUGAGUCACUCACCUGAGAUGGAAUCAACUGGUAAAAAUCCAGACCGAUGGAAGAUGGAAUCGUAUACAGCCGUGUCCAUCCUUAAUAACAGAAAGGGAUGGAAAGAAAAUGCAACCUUUCGGAAACAAUGAUGGAAACUACCAACUGACCGCCCGGAUCCCAUGCACGGGAGCCAGGAGGACCGUCGGUAGCCUGAGGAAAGAUGGAGACGUUCUCCGCAAUUCCCGGGAUGUCAGGGGAGGUCAAGUCAGGCCUCUUGACGACCCGAGCGAUAGGACAAUUGGAAGGCUCGAAAACCAAGAAACGACAAAUAAUGUAGAUAACGGUAAAUGCGUACCUCGGAGAGAAGGUAAGUAGCAGAUCGGAACAGCAAGUCAAGUAAACCCAACUGAAAAGGUCAGGGGCUAAACACAAUGUAGGACUAACUACCCAUAGCUAAGACGGAUACCGGGAAGGCAGCCAGAUGGUUAGUUGCUGAAGGCAAGGCACCCGUGCUCCCCUGUUGGCGCCUGAGCACUGGUCCCAGCUUCUGCGAAAUUCUCUUUGGAGAUGUGCCGCCGCCGGGUAGGUGUAAACCGUGGUGUCGCGCCCGGGGAUUCUCAUAAAAAAACAAAACCUUGCCCCUCAGGGCAUGAGGUGUAGGGCAUUCACCCUUCUAAUCAUAUUUAGGCGCCCGUACACUGGUUUCCUCUUGGAUAGUAAUGCAGCAGUGCUUGCCUGAGCACCCAUUGAUCUCCGUGUCAAUAGUGGGUACUGGGCUCUUCUCCGUGAUAUCUUCCCAGGCCUGCGGACAAAAGGGGUUUUGGGCCCAGAUAGCUCAGGCCAAUCAAAUGGGCGCAGACCUAGCUUGCCAAUCCUGGGUAGCGUCUAAAUGGGUAAUAAGGGACCCCGGUGUUAGGGUAGUGUUCCCUAAAUAUCUAUAAUUUUUCAGGGUACCCUGUGAUAUAGGAUCCCCAGACGCCAACCCCUUUAGACAGCGUAAUACGGUGUAAAUAAACCUUAACUGGGACUAGCAGUCCCUAAAUGCCCAGCAGGCAAAAAGUGGUAUUCCAGCUGUAGUGGAUAUAGUCUGAAAAUGUUCCAGUGAAUAUAGUGUCCAUUAAACCAUGAUAUACUAAACGAUUCAUUUUUAACUGUGAAUAGGUUAUACACAUGAACCUGCAGACCUGUUUGAGAUUCCUUCUUCAAUAUUAUGCAUCAUCAGCAUACCACCUGAAGGGUAUUGUACCCGUGGCAUAUUUCAGGAGUAGGGCUAAACAAUUGCCAACUCAAUAUGUCCCCUUAUUGAGUUCGGAAGGGACCACCUUCCACUCUACUAGUCACAGAACCUGAUAAAAAAGAAUUAGUGUCAGCAUAGGCUGGUCUCCCAUACCAGUUAGAGCCAGAGCUAGCUCUGCUUAGCUUAAUACACUAGCCAUAGACAGUGCAUAAUCACACUAUAGCAGUCUCAUUUCUGACCCAGAGAUGGACCAGGAAUAUAUAUAGGGAAGCACAAGGAUAGGAGCAUAAGAACGCUAGAUGAAUAGUGCAAAGGUGUGCCCACCCCUGAUCAAACUGGCUCUGCAAGAAAUUGUAUAGAUGACUAUUCCAGAAUUGAACCUGUGACUUUCAAACACUGAUCCUGGAGUUUUUUCCAGUGAACUUUUAUUGUAUAAUAGCUUAGUGACAGCCAGAAUCCCAGCAUGAGAAAAAAUUCUCGGUCCGACCGCCAUGGGUGGAGGAAGGGCCGUGAGCAGGUGCACCCUCCUCUCCCCGGUCGGGUGCACGUGGCUCUUGAAGGAGCUUGCCACGUGCGCAAGCAGGUCUGGCCGCCAGGUACUCGCGUCUAACCGUGAGAAGCCCCAGGCGCCGGCAAGUUCACACUGGAGCUCGGGGAGUCAGAGAAGACAGCCUUUUUAAACAGCUAGUCUUCUGAUACCCCGAGUAAAAGGGCCCGCAGCCCGCGAAGGGUGCUGGAAAGUGGGGUGGGGGUGAGGAGGAGGGUGAACACAAAGGGGAGCAAACUGAAGGUAUCCCCAGAAACCCCCACAACGACUGGAAAACAUCCCCAAAGAAACAGGGAAAGCCCAGAAGAUUCAAAAGGACAUGAAUCCAACUAAAUAUAAUAAAUAUAUAUAAUUAAAUAUAAACGUAUAUAAAAUAUAACUAAAUACAAUGUAGAAAGUAAAUAUAACUAAAAAUAAUGUAUAUAAUCUUAUAACAAAAUAUAAUGUAUAUAAAAUAAAUAUAUAAUAUGAUAACUAAAUAUAAUCAUAAAUCAUAAUAAAAUCCCAAAGCCACCAACUAUAAGCAGGAGGCAGUGGUACUCUGACCUGUACUGACUGCGGAGCAGCAACGAAAGAGGAAAUGAUGCAUGGGGAGGGGAGUUUUAUAGUACCUAACUUUUUUCUGAUUGGUUGUUUUUCUGUGCUGCUGUGGAGUUCUAGUGAAGAGAGACUUAAGCAAAUACGAAGCCUCCUGUCAUGUUAUAAAAUUUUACUUCAUGUGUUACACAUUUAAAAGUACUCUCUUUUGGUAUUAAUACACUCGUAACUUUUAAAUCAUUUUUCAUUGUCUGUUUUCUUCUUUAGGAAUUGAUAUAUGUGUUAGUGUUAAUCAUUUAUUUAUUUUUAAGUCUGUUAAUCUUCUGUAUUAAAUUAAAUCUGUAGAAUCUUCCAUCACAGUUUGCAGGUCAGAUGAAGUCUUUUUACAACAGCCCAUGUCUAGUUGUGUAAAGGAAUGCUUUCCUAAUUUUUUUGCCACAAGGAUCUGUCACGCUUUACCAGAUCAGUUAUUUCUGUCUAAUUAGUUGCUUCAUCCACACAGCUGCGCAGUUCUGGGCUUGAUUCUGGACGCUUGCCAAUCUCUAACACGUGCUUGCUUCUAGAAUUCACGUUGUAGCUUGUGCUUUUUUUCUCCGUUGCAGAAAAUAAUCUUGUACGGUCUUUCUGCUUUUACAUUUUUUUUUCCCCCAUACAAAAACACAGUUCUGCACAUGGUUCUUUUUCUGUGCAAAUAUUCUUAGUCUCUGUGACACAGUAUAGGUUCUAUUUUAUUUGUUUCCCCUCUCUUCAGGUAUGUUUUUCCAGUUCCAAAACUCAGCUUUGUAACUUGAUUCUUCUCUCCCCCCCCCCUGGAAGUGGGGAAAAAACUUGAAUAGAAGACUGGCUGGCUGGCUGGCUGGCUGGCCAGCCAAUGUAAUAAAUUCCGCUUCUUAUGUGUGUUUUUCCAGGUUGAUUGAAAUAUGCUUUUAUGUACCGGUAUAUUUCUUCUUGGGUAAAAGGCUCAUCAUGUUAAUAUACGUCUAUAUUAACCAAUAAUACUAAUACGCAAUCUGACUUACGGUUACUAAUCCAUAAUAAAACAGCAAAGGAUGUUACAGGAUAAUGGAUGUUCAACAGCAGAUAGUAAUUGCUGGGUUGCUGAAGACACUCAGACAAGAAGAAGAACUUCGUGCUCCUUUGUUCACUAUUCUAUUCUAUAUUGAUAUGACUAUAUAAUAGGGAUCGACCGAUAUUGAUUUUUUUUUAGAGCCGAUAUCGAUAUUCUGUGAACUUUCAGGCCGAUAGCAUGGGUGGGCGGCAGCAUUGUAACCAGGCUGUGUGAUACAAAGUAAAUACAAAAAGAGAAGUCCUGCAGUGGUUGGCAGGCGGGCAUUCCCUCCAAUGGCCAUUGGAGCAACUAAAUGACCUCCAUUUGUCUAAAUAUACAUAGGGAGAGAGCUAUAUAUUGGGUCUGAUGUGUACUGUAGUCCUUGCUGUCGGCCCAGUAGUGAUGGGAGUGAGUGCAGGACUUCUCUUUUUGUAUUUGUAUUUACUUUGUAUCUCACAGCCUGGUUACAAUGCUGCCGCCCAUCCCAUGUGUUCCCUAUUAAGGGUUAAUAAGUAUAUAGGGGUGUAUAUAAAAAAUACCCCUCUGUCUCAUUAGAGAUAUCUUUGCCAGAAGCUCAAGGAAGCAGGCUGGAAGGGUCAAUGUUAGGACCCACUCAAGAGGGUCUGCCUUGACGUUGGCAUUCCCUCCAAUGGCCAAGCAGAGAGCGCAGGUAACUUUUUUUUUUUUCUUUUCUUUGGUUUUUACACUGCAUUAUAAACACACUACACAAACACACUGCAUAAUAUAAACACUGCAUUAUAUACAGUGUGUUUGUAUAGUGUGUGUGUAUAUAAUGCAGUGUGCUUGUAUAGUGUUUAUAUAAUGCAGUGUGUUUGUAUAGUGUGUUUAUAUAAUGCUGUGUGUGUAUAUAAUGCAGUGUGUUUGUAUAGUGUUUGUGUGUGUGUGUGUGUAUAUAAUGCAGUGUGUUUGUAUAGUGUGUGUGUGUGUGUGUAUAUAUAUAUAUAUAUAUAUAUAUAUAUAUAUAUAAUGCAGUGUGUUUUGUAUAGUGUGUGUGAUUGUGUGCAUUAUAUACACACACUCUGCAUUAUAUACACAUUGUGUUUGUGUAGUGUAUGUGUAUAUAAUGGAGUGUGUGUGAGGGGGCAUUUUUUAUUAAAUUAGUUUUUUAUAUUUACUUAUUUUUGUUGUCCCCCCUCCCUGUUUCAUACUUGGCCAGGGAGGGGGGAUAUAGCAAUCCCUGGUGGUCCAGUGGCAUUGGCUGAGCUGUGGGGGGGCGGGCAGCAAGCGUUUACUCACCUCCCAGCAGCUCCCCAUUGUAAGUCUCGCGGCCAGCGUGUCGUGCGGAGUGUUGCCAUGGUAACGCAUGGCAACGCUAUGAUGGCCGCGGGUCUCGCAAGAGUUACACUGGGGAGCUGGAGUUGCUGCUGAGAGGUGAGUAAACGCUUGCUGCCCGCCCCCCCCCCCAGGGGCCUGGCAGUCCUAGGAGGUAUUAUCGGUAUCUCUAUUGGCAAAUACCCAUAUUGCCGAAAAUACAGAAUAUUGUCCAAUUUAUAUCGGUAAAACCGAUAAUCUGUCGACCCCUAGACUAUAAUUACAUCCGAGUAUAACCCUAGCCAUAUAAGGACAAUACCCCCAAUCCACAUUCCAGACUUUUCAGACAAAGAAAACCUUGUGAAUGUGAUACCAUCUGUUACUUAUGUCAAUCCAGACAUCCCUACAUAAUCAAUAGAAACAUGGCAUAUGCAAUAUUCUACAGUUUUAUUUAUUAUCCCAAGCGCUUGGGCAGAGAACGUGACUGGGCAGAAUUCAAAAUCCAUGGCAUAAGGGAAGCUACUCUGGCCCUAAAUUUGAAAUUCACUUUGCAUUUGCACUUUAGUGAAUAAGCCUGUUUAAUUAGUGUGACGGACCGUCUAGCACCCUGACCGGGUACCUCCAUCAAUUGCUGCUUCCUAGUACUUGCGAGCACCAAAAGCACUGUACUGGAACACCAUAACCACCAUAAACCCCAAGAACCGCCGCAUCUUGGUUGGGGUCUCGCUGUCCUCCACCCACCCUGGACUCAAGACCAGGAUGCAUCUUCCAGUGUGUAGAACUCUCCUAGUCCAGAGAGUGUAGCAGGAACAGCUCUUAUAAGAGCUAGUGAUUAUAGCAAUCCCCAGUGUGAAUGAAGUUCUCUAAUCCCCCAAACAUGAGCUAAGACUUCAUGAAGGGAUAAACGAAUCUCAAUUUAAUGGGAGCCAAACUUGGCCUUUUAUGACAAUCCCCAUGAAAGGGAUACGCCCACAUGGACCUUGUUGGGGACUCCAACACAAAGACACAGACCAAUAAGAACAGUGAUUAAAUGCCCGACACUCCCAUAACAAACAUAGAAUCCCUCCUCCUGCUUGUGAGAUAAGGGGAUCAGUAAUUGUACUAAUUCUAAUCCAAUUAUCUCCAACCACAGAAAAAACUUUUUUUUUUUUUUUUUACACCCCAAGAGUACCCUAAAAAUGCAUAAAACCUCACAAAGUUACAUACCCUGAUAGCGCUGAUCUGGGUGACCAACAUAUCCAAAAAUCACCCAGAUCAGUUCAGCGGUUCAGAAAUUUUAUGGAAGUCAGUUUUUACCGACCGCAGGCAUGGUCCCAUGGCCGAAAAUAGUUCCAUAGAAUCGUGGUUAAGUGCCGCUGGAGGACUGGUGGGGAACCGUGAGGUUUUCAUGCUGAAAAUAGUUCCAGGGCAUUCUCGGUUUUUGUCCAUUCGAACAAGAUGGUCGCCACCUCGUGGUUGUCCAUAGGAAUUGCGGCAACCCAGACGAACACUUAGACCAAAGAGGGGGAAAUUGCAACCAUGUAUCCAUUAAGCUUAACAAGCUCCAGGGUGGUCUCCGGAUCGCGCGGCUGUUCGGUUAACGAACCAUACUGUCACAAUUUAACGAACAGCUCCUGUCAUAAGUCCAAGAAGCACAAUUGGUGUUUUCAAAUAGGGUUUAAUACAGGGCCAUGGUCACAGGGUAGGAGGCUGGCAAACAGGCCCCUCCAAAAGCCAGUGGCGAAGUUACUUUCGUCACAAUUAGAUAUCCUUGUCACUUCUGAUAUCAAUUGUGAUAUGAAUUACUAACAUAUAAAAGGGAUGCAAAUUACUUUCCAUCGUUUUUUUGUUUUUGUUUUUGUUAUCUGCACCAACCUAUUAUGUUUCAAUAUUUCAUGAACAUUGUUAGUCGUUCUGUAUUACCAGUCAAGCUUCAUUCUCUGUUCCCAGUCAUUGUCCUGUAUUGUUACUGACCUGAAGUUUGUCUCAGUGGGAACUUUAUAUAUAUAUUUGGUGGGUGCACAUUUAGUGUGAUAUACAAUGCUUACUCAAAUAUUUCCAUUUAUACGUUUAAGCACAGAUAUCAAUUCAAGGUAAAUAUAACCUCCAAAGUGGUGCUGGCUGACACCAGAAACAUUAAAAAUGGACCAACCUUGGAUCACAGAGAGUAUACUAAAAAUUACACUGGAGAUCAUCCACUUGAUGACUGGAGAGGUGAGAAAUCUCAUUUACCAAACUUAGAGAAAACAAUGUUGGAUUUAUUUGGGAAUCUGUGUCGCUGAUAAGGGUAAAGUGUUUCCAAGGUGUCCUAAUUUUAGUUCAUUCCAUUGGAAUAGUGUUACAAAGUCAGGUGGCUGUUAGCCUCAUUGAACAGUGAACAUUCUUUAAGGUUUCUUUGUAUGAAAUGUUGAUGUGAUUUUUAUGUGUGUUAACCCUAUGGUCUUUUUAAAGGAUUUAAUUGUUGUGAAGAAACCUGGUGACAGUGCUGCAAACAGCCCAACCAUGGAGGUUGAUGUGAAAAAGAAUGAAGAAAAAGUUUUGGAAUUAGCAAAUAACAUCAUUCAACUGCUAACUGGACAGGUAAGUGUUCAUAGGCAUGGAAUAUUAAACAUUGAAAUAUUGAUCAAGCUAUUAUGUUGAAUGUAUUAUUUUGUGUGAUGUAGGUUAUAAUAAACACUGGAGAUGUUGCCAUUUACUUCACACUGGAAGAGUGGGAUUAUCUUAUAAAAAAUCAGCAUCUAUACAGGGAUGUGAUGCAGAGUGGUUCCUUACUUGGCUCACUGGGUAAGUGUUGUUUUCUUUGUAUACGUUUUAACAAUGCACAGUUAAAAUAUUGCCCUGUUCUACAUAAGCUAAAUUUGGAAAGCAAUUUGUCAUAUCUUGUCUGUUUUAAUGAGAUCAUUGUUAAUUGGUAACCUAUUUUAUGACACAGAUGAAAGUCCUGAUAUGGACUGAAACGUCGCUAUGAUGUAACCUGAGUUUUAUUAAAAAAAAAUACACUUUUUCCUGAUUAAGAAGUCCAGCGUGUGCAUUUCUUCGUAGAUAUUUAUGUAAACUUAGCUGAAGGAGCACCGUGGCACAUACAUCACAAAUGUGAGUGCAGGAUUGUGGAAUAUAUAUAUAUAAUCUAUAUUUAGUGCAACUUAGGGACUCUGUUUUUCUCCCUGAAAUACAAAAGGCAAAGGAGGGACUACUUUAUUUUUUAUUUUUUUUUCACGCUUGACAUGUUAAGUCACCAGAACAACUACAGCUUAUUGUAUUUGUUCCGGUGAGUUUAAUCAUUCCCUACAGGCUUUUUGCUGUAAACACUGCCUUUUCAGAGAAAAUGCAAUGUUUACAUUAGUCUAGAUACCUCCACUGCUCAUUUAGCUGCUAGAUGUGCUUCCUGGAAUAGUGCUGCACCUUCCGCAUAGAGAUGCAUUGAUUUUGCUUAUUGUCCAGGGCUUUGUUUGAUUUGUGCUGGUUCUUCCCCUGAUCUGCCUCCUUGACAGUCUCCCCCAAUCCUAUGGGAAAGCAUUGUGAUUGGCUCAGAGAAUCACUUCUGAUGUCAGCCAAACAGGCAACUCAGGGCAGAGCCAGCAGCUGCAGACUUGAGUUAAAGUAAGAUUAAGAUUGUGUUUCUGAGCCUAUAGUGUUUCUUUAAGGUAAGCUCCAUCCACGUCCUUUACCAAGUAUAAACUCCCAGCAUACUUACCUUACCAUUGCUUCCUUAUUCUUCAGUCUCGCAAGACUUGUGUGUCUUCCACUUUUCAUACAUGCGAAGCAGUUGCCAACUCAUGAGGUGGGCAAGAGGAAGGGAAGGCAAACAUCACAGCCAGGCUACUGAAGAUAUGCUCUAUACUUGCCAAUGUUACUCUGGCAAGCACUUAUCUCACUUUGUUGGUGAAAUGGAAGUGACAAAGUACAUUUAUGCACUGACAAUGAAGCAAUCUUGUUUGUAUGUUGCAGAGGAUUGUAUUUCACAACCAUAGCAUAGUAGUUGUAUACCCUUCUGGUUUAUGAAUUAUUCACAACAACAUUUUUUUGUAGAAAAUAAAGCUCAAAAAAGUGUUAACUGGAUUUUAUAGCCAAUUUUAAUUAUUGCAUUUAUUUCCAUUCUGUAGGUGGAUUGAAAUGCAGAAACAGAAAGAGAGGAAUUUACCAAGCUAAUUUGUCCUCCAAUAACUUCAUUGAAGAUAUAAAGGAUGCCAAAAUGAAUUUGGAUACAAAAUGUUUCAGAACUCAAAAAACAAGUACAAGUAAACAAAAAUCUGAAUUGUAUGUGAAAGAAAAUCCUGUAGAUAUUGCCAAUGAUAAACCUGGAUCGCUCCAUUCUAAUCACAUCAAUGAAAUAUCACUCUCGAGUAAUAUUAGAGACUCUAAUAUCCAUACAACCAUAGAACAGACAUCUAUUUGUAUAAGCCAGGAUGCAGCUUUGUGGGACAAAGUAAAACCUCCCGAACGUAACAGAUAUAUACCCACAGAUCAUGUGCUGGCAGAAUACACAACAACAUACACUAAAGAUGAAUCUACCUCCUACAAAGAAAAUUAUUUCACAGACCUUUACCGUUCUACAGAACGCACAACUCCUCUUAUUGAGAAAUCAUUGCAGGCUGAAGGAAAUAUCAACUUAAACAAAUCUGCAGCUACAGAACAUAUACAGGCAAACAUUAGCACAAUUAAAGAAGAACCAGGAUUAUGGGAUAACGAAUAUAGCACAGGCACUGCCACUUACACAAGUGUACCACAGAUAGAAUAUAAAACUAAUCCUAUUAAGGAGAGAUUUCCCGUACAUAAAGGCUUCAUCAUUUUUACAAACACUAAUGCACAUACACUUGUUGAACAUAACUCUACCUCCCAUAAACAUCACAAGGCACAUGCUACUUAUACUCCUCCAGAAGGUGAAAAAAAACAAGCAGAUGUACAUUCAAGGGAGAAAAUCAAAACUGGCAUCUUUGCAAAAAUUCUGCCCAACUUAUCAAUAAAAAAAUGCAAGGACUGUGAUCAAAGCUUUAAUAGUAGUUCCGCCUAUACAAAUCACCAAAGAUCAAGCACCAACCACAACUGCUCUUAUUAUCAGAAGCAUGUUAUUAGUAAUGUAGAACUUCUCAAACAGCCAUCCACUAGCUCAGAGAAGAACCCUCUUAAUUGCUCAGAAUAUGGGAAAUGUUUUUCUUCAGACGAAAAACUUGUUAAGCAUCAGUGGGAUCAGUUCAAUACAAAGAAAUUCUCUUGUUCUAAAUGUGGAAAACACUGCAUUUCAGAAUCUGAACUUCUAACACAUCAGAAAAUUCAUACAAGCACUAAAAUGUCUGUGGGCUCGGAUUGUGGAAAAGUGUUGACCCAAAGAGUAAACCUUGUUAAACAUAUGAGAUCUCAUCCAGACGGCAAAUAUUUUUUUUAUAAAUUUGACAUUAUUCCACAGAAAAAGCUUCAUCAAGGAAAAAAGUACACGUGUUCUGAAUGUGGAAAAUAUUUCACUUCUGAUGCAUUUCUUAUUAGACAUCAAAAGUGUCACUUGGCAAUCAAGCCAUUCUCAUGCUCUGAAUGUGGUAAAUGUUUUAAAAGAAAUGGAAACCUUCUAAAACAUUGCAGCACUCACACCAAAUAAAUAUCUGGAAGUGUUAGGGUAGUUUAACGUUAUCAUAAUAAUUAUUAAUCUUUUAUAUAUUUGGAGGAACCGGUUUACUCUAACACCAUGACCACUUCUGUGUUUAGUUGUGAUCAUGAUGCAAGGAGUAUGUAAACAAAUGUGGGUGAACGUUGAAAUCUUUACUCUGCAAGUCAAUUCAAAAAUCUUUUUGUUACACCUGGGAUAGAGCAGAUACAGCAAAAAAUUAGCUUGCCCUACAUGUCAAGGAUUAUUUCAGGAAAGAUAACGAAAGUUCCUAAGGAGGAGCUUCUGGCUCUUUUGGAACCCCAGGUAAGCAGUUCUACCAUUAUAAAAUGGUUUAGCUGCUCACAAUAGGGGUAUAACUCCUGACACCUCUGUAGUGGUUAUGGUAUUUGGAAUGUUCCUUUUUAAAUUAAUAAGUGAUGUACUAUAUUAACAACUUGACAAACCGAAACCAAUACUCUGAGUUUUGAGAACCUGUGCAAGCUUCUAAUCUAAAAUGGAAAGAAUGGAUAAAACACAAGAUGUGUGCACAGUAUGCAGAAGCCUAAAUGUGCUUACUAAUAAUGUUAAUACCACCCAUAUUCCUAUAAUACCCACUGUCGAAUAAACAUAUUUCUUCUGUUUUCAAAGAGGUGGUGAGGAAGGGAGUGAACUGGAGAAUGCAUGGUGGUAAAUUCUAUAAAUGUUACUAUCUAACUAGCUCUUCAUUUCUUUGCAGAGAAGUCCCUAAAAUACCUCCCUUUAUACAUUAGGUGGCAGUUUUAAUUUACUGGAGUUUUCUUUUACUGGCAAUUUCCAUGACCGCACCAAUAAUGGGUUUUAUCCUAACUCUACAGUCAGGACAGGAAGUAUAAAUUAACAAAUGUUAAUAAAUACCCUUCCCUCUGUAGAAGCCUUUUGUCUUCUUAUAAAGCCUCCACUGACGGAUGGGAAGUUAAUUCUGCCAUGUAAAUGACCAAGGAAAGAAAAUCUGGUAAGUAUGGUUAAGAUUUUUCUUAUUUCCUGGCCAACAUGGCAGCAUCUCUAAUGGGCAAUCCUUAAGCCAAGAAGGGAGGGUAUAACUAUGGUGUAUUUGAAGCGUCAAGAGGAUGUGGAGGAUAGCACACCGGCCCCAAACUAAGAAACCUUACUCUUAGGAAUGUAGAAUCUGAAGCCAGGUAGCAGCCCUAUGUUUUUUCCCCCCUUCAAAUCCCUGCAGGAACAGGAAAAAAAGGUUUCUACACAGGGAAUGGAAUUUAUUAAGAGUUGAUAAUUGAUACUUCGCUUCCCGACUACUGGAUAUUUAUUGCACCCAAUAAAUAUGGCCGUGCCGGCCAGGAAAUACAAUAUAUUGAGACCAGGUACAUGUUGUAUAAAGUGCUCAUUGUCUUAAACAUUUAUAAAUGUUUCUACCUCUUAGUGUUUUGUCACAUUAAUGCCACUUUAAGGUGUGUGUGUGUGUGUGUGUGUGUGUGUGUGUGUGUAUAUACUGUGCAGUUUAUCUUUUAGGUAAUGUUGAGAGUGGUGACCUAAAGACUUUUUUUGUAUUUUAUAAUAAAGAUUUAAAUUUUUGUUUGGUAAACAAGUAUAUAGUUUGUCUUCCUUUUACUUUUAUUUUUUUUUU